AUGUCGGCCGAUAUGCAGAGAAGCGGCGCAGCGUAUCUCCCUCCAGAGCUUUGGGAGAUGAUCAUCGGCAGCAUCACGGAUUGCGACUACCUGCCCCGCGUCUGGUUCAACUUUCGCCACGUAUCUCGGACGUUCAAGGAAAUCACCGAGCGCGUCUUUUCUUCAAACCACCUCCGAUACAGCCGCAUCACGCACGUCUGCUUGGACUUCUUUAUCAUGACGCCCAAGGGCGGAUUCAUCAGGGUUGAUGAGAAAAGACUCAUGCUCGAUUUUGAUCGACUAUCCGACGACGGGGAACGCGCUGUAUUCAAUGAGAAGCACUUCACAGGCUUGGGCAAUCUCGACAAACGGAUCAUGUUCAAUCGACGACGUUACAAAAUUGGCGACAUACUUGACGGUUUCCGUGGCGGCUGGGCAGCUUCUCAUAAGCGAGCGACGCGGGAGGACCGACCGCCUUAUUCUCCAAGUCAUCAAUGGGCAGAUAGCUCGCCGCUUCCACACAUCUUUUCUCUGAGGAGAAUUGCCAACGACACCGAUCUUCCCGGCGCGAAGUAUGAUUUCGAGGGUCUGGAGAUGUCCUUUCUCUGGAAGCCGGCAUUGAGCAAGCUUCUUGGGGAAGAGGAGUAUAUGAGGAAGGACCAGUUGAAAGGAAUGGCGGCAUCCGGUGAUAUGGCUUUUCUAGUGUCACGAUGUAGUCGCGAUGCGGCAGGUGCGUCUAUGUGCUACCCGACGGAGCCCAGAGAGAUCCUUGAAAGGACGAGAACGAAGCGUAUGCGAGCCGAGAAUGGCAAAAAUGGGAAGCGAAUUGUGACGGACGAUGAGCUUUUGAUGAGCAGGCAUUUUGAGGCCAAGGAGAUGGAAAUCUUGGCCUUUAGGCAUGGGUUUAGCAAGUCUGUCCUCAAGGAUGAGUGGGUCAUGGAAGACGGAAACGAGCAAGUGGACUCGCCUCUUCCAAUGUUUUGCAAUGAGGACAGCGAUCCUUGCGAUUCAGUUGGGAAUUACGAUUGUCCCCACGUCUACGUUCCUCACGCUAUUGUCAACAAGAGCUAUUUCUUCACUUAUUGA